UUGAGCCUACGUCACGAUACAGGAAGUAAACAAACUAGGCGAAAGCGGUCAUCAAGACGCUCACGAGACCUCCCAUUGCGUGCCAUGACAGCUCGUACAGUUGUGAUGUUGCUCUGGCACAUGUGAUCUCCACAUCUGUUCCUGAGGGUGUCAGUCCAGACGUUAACCCCUACAGUGCCAUGACUGAGGUGCUGGGACAGAGGAGCUUGUUGGGCUUUGGUGUGGUGUUAGCAUGGCUGGUGCUGUUCCACCUGCUGGUCAACAUCUGGCUGCUGUGCGUGUUCACCAGCCUGCUGGUGGUGCUGGGCGGCUGGCUCGGCUCGCAGGCCGUCCUGGAGUCCAACAAUGUGGUUCACCUGGAGAGGUUUAUCACACUGGAGCAGGUUCCACCCUCUGUGGAGGAUGAGCAUCACUUGGACCAGGAGAUCCGCAACACAGUGCGGAAAAUCAUCAGGGACUUUGUCACCUCCUGGUACUCCACAGUGUCCUCUGAGAGUGGUUUUGAAACCGAGGUUCAAGAGGCCAUGAUCUCUAUGGCCAUGGAGCUGAAGCUGCGUGCGAGACACGUUGACAGGAAGGAGCUGACGCAGAGGAUCCUGGAUCUGUUUGGCUGCCACCUGCAGGACUACAUCAGAGCCAAGGAGCUGGUCACCGAGCAGCAGGCGCCCGUGAGGACAAGGUGGGGCGGUGAGAGCGAGCGGCGCUUGUGGGAGGCGUAUUCCAGUGUCACCACACCUCACCUUGCCGUGACCAGCGACUCAAUGGAGCUCAACUACACCAGAGCUGUUGUGGAUUUGUUGCUGCAUGUUUUGGUGCCAUCGCCGCACUUGGAGACCCGCACGGGACGGUUCGUUGUCGGAGAGCUCAUCACCUGCAACGUCAUCCUCCCUCUCAUCGCAAAACUGUCCGACCCCGACUGGUUAAACAUCCUUAUGAUUGAAAUAUUCGGCAGGUCCAGCAAACCCCAGGAACCAAUCACAACAGAGCCACUGGCUUCAUCCCCACCACCACUACCACCACCACCUGCUGCUGAUUCAGAGCUCGCUCCACUUCAAGAGACGGCGCUGGUUCCUCAAAGGUGCACUGAAGCUCCUCCAGCGGGACCAGAGACCGAAAGUGUCCACGAGACAGAGACGGCUGAGCCGGCUGCCUAUGACGUGUUUGACUCUGAGGAGGUGGACUGUCCGCAGAACAACCCGGAAGAAGAAGAAACUACUCGACCCUUUCUAGAGCAUUACAUGAGAGGAGGCAAGUCAAACCCUUUUUACCAGGAAAACGACUCUGACCUGGAUUCUCCUCUGGCUGACUAUAAACAGAGCUCCACUGACUCCCUGGUCAUGAUCGGCCAAGAGGACGGUCUGUACGACAGACGGAAAGAAUGUGCCACGUCUGUGGAAAACAGCAACGGCGUGGACUUGGAGGAUGUUUGUCCCUGUCCAGUGGAUGUCCGGGGGAAUUCUGACCAUCCUAACGGCUACGGCCCCUCAUCAGUCAGGACGGCAGAGGGGACUCCCAGUAUCGGCAACCUGCAGGACCUGGAGAGGGAGGGCACUUCCCCUUCUGUAAACCCGGCCAGAGAGCUCCUUCUGGGUGUAGAUCAGACUGGGUUGGGGAACACCAACGAGUCGACUGUAGUCAGUCCACUGCAGGGCUCGUCCCCCAUGCCCUCAUUCAGUUUUGAGCCCCUCAGCAGCCCCGACGGACCAGUCAUCAUCCAGAACCUCCGCAUCACCGGCACCAUCACAGCAAAGGAACACAGAGGCACCGGCUCGCACCCCUACACCCUGUACACCAUCAAAUAUGAGACGGCGAUGGGUUGUGAGAACCCAGGAGGCAUCCAGCCGGGCUCCGAGGACGCCGAGGUGUUACAGACGAGCUGCGAGAAUCCAUCUCGCAUUCAGCCGGUGGCGUAUCACAUGGUCAACAGGCGAUACAGCGAGUUCCUCAACCUCCAAACACGACUGGAAGAAAAAACAGAACUGAGGAAACUCAUCAAAGGUGUGAAAGGUCCAAAGAAAGUAUUUCCAGACAUGCCGUUUGGAAACAUGGACAGUGACAAGAUCGAGGCCCGGAAGGGACUUCUGGAAACUUUUCUAAAGCAACUCUGUGCCAUCCCUGAAAUAGCCAACAGUGAAGAGAUGCAGGAGUUUCUGGCUCUCAACACGGACGCCAGGAUCGCCUUCGUCAAGAAACCUUUCAUCGUGUCGCGAAUAGACAAGAAUUUGAUGAACGCCAUCGUGGACACGCUGAAGACGGCGUUUCCUCGCUCAGAACCUCAAAGCCCCACGGAGGACAAUGAGGCAGAGGUGGACGGAGGGAAAAUAAGUGGUGACAAGAAGAGCAAGUCUCGUCUGAAGUUCUCCAGUAAAAACAUUCCCUCCAUGAACGGCUCCGACGUGAGACCGCAGGUUUUGUUCAGCUGUGAGCAAACUAGCACAGUGUUUAACAGAAAGUCCCUGACAGAACUGCAAGCCUUUAUCACGGAACAAGAGAAACUGGCCCUUGGAGAGGAGCCAGAGAGGGAGGACAGUCCGGCGGUCAGAGGCGGUCUGGAUGACGGGAUGAGAGGGAAGCAGAGUCAGGAACGUGCGUCUGAGACGGCGCUGGCCGAGGUGGCUCUGAACAUCCUGUGUCUGCUGAUGAAGGAGCAGUGGAGCUGGCUGUGCACUGAGAACAUUCAGAGGACCAUCAGGCUGCUGUUUGGGACCCUCAUCAACAGGUGGCUGGACGUGAGCGUAGCCAACCUGAUGUGCAAAAGGUACUGGGUGGUGUACCUGCAGGUCAUCCAGGAGGCGGUGUGGCCGGGCGGAGCUCUGCCUUCGUCGCCUCAACUUGAGCGCAGUCAGCAGCAGAAGGACAGCACCCGGCAACAAGCCUUACACUGUCUGAUGAGACUCCUGCCAGAUGUGGUCUCAGAUAUGUUGGGAUCAGACAAGUACGAGCUCAGCUGGCAGACUGCACUGGACUCUCUACAAGACCCCUACAUUAACAGACACCUGGUCUACUGUAUCUUUGACCUUCUGCUGGAGUUCCUGGUCCCUGAGUCACCUGAGGACGACUUCCAGAGGAGCCUGCUGCAGACCCUCUCUAAAAACCCCGAGAAGCUGCUGGCCUGAGGAGACGCCCGUACAUCCCGCUUUAAACGUUUCACCGUCCUCACUCGCCAUUCACCUGUCAUAAUGUGCUGAAAGGCAGCGUGACGUGGAGGCCGCUCCCGCUCCUCUAACGUCCCGCCAUCAGAGUGUAAGUGAUGGUUUUUCCGGAGACACUGACCCCCCCCCCCCCCCCCCCCCCCCCGCCCCCUCGUUAAACCCCUGAGGUCAGUCCUGUGUCUGAUUACGUGUUGAUGUGUUGACAUACGAGGCUCUUGAACGCGGCGUCCUGUUUACACACACACUUAAACACACUACAUUUGAAGCAGCUUUAAUUACAUGAGAGCACCUGGUUUGUGUUUGAUCUCAUGCAGAUCUAAACAUGUGGCAAAGCUUCAUCCGCUGUCCACAUCCAGCCUCUUCCUGCCCGGCUAAACUCCCCGGCUUUGACUAAACUCACUUCAGAUGGUUUUCACACUCGGCGCUCGGGCCCCUCCCACAGUCCUCACACCUGUCGCUCUGAUCUGGAGGAGCAGGAUUUGCUUUUUCCCGCCAACCUUAAAUCAGAAAACGAUCUACGGGGAUUAAGCGUCACUGUUCCUCUCCUCUGUUAACCCGUUCUUCAGGAUCCUGCUGGAUCUGUGUAGAGCCACAUGUGAUUCUGACACUUCCUCAGUCUGAGCCGUCCUGAGGGAGUCUGUCUGUGACGUCACCGUCAUCGUUACCGACCCCGUGUGUUGUCUGGUGUGUUCGGUUGGUGGGAACAGUGUGUGUGUGCGGUCUGUUAGCCUGGUGUCUGACUUUCACGUGGGAAUCGAACACCGUCCAUCCACCACAACCUCCUGCUGACGUGGACUUCUUCUCUCUUCAUUACUACGUCACCGCACUUUUUCCCUUCGCUCCUGUCGCCUAGCAACAAAACUAUGGGUCAUAAUAACUUGCUACACAGACGAACUAAAUCUGCAACACCUGAAACCACGUUCGAACAGUUGAUUCAAUGAUAAAAAAAAUUCAUAUAUAAUCCACAAAAACUCAUCAUGUCUUUAACACUGCUUAGAGCCGGUUUAUUAAUUCAGUGCUUUAUCCCUCUGAGGACCAUGUGAUCAUGCAGCCGACUCGUCCUUCAGUCACCAGAAACCAUCUGAAGAGAGUCUUAGUGUCUCCACCACACGGCCCACAGUCACUUCAAACGUGUCGUCCAAGGUUUUUGUGCUUUUGAAAUUUGCCUUAGUCUCUUCUUGCCUUAUUUCACGGAGGUAACACAACAGAUUGAAGGAGUUAUUGUGUUGAUUGU